AUGCAAUACGAUAAUCACACCUCUCCGUCCUUCUUCAGCAACUUCCUUGGUUUGGCCUACAUACCAGACGACCUUACUGCUGCUCCUGCCACUGUCGAUCCUCGGGCUGCUUUUCCCGUUGUCUCCUCUGGGUCUCACCUCGACGAGCCAGGAUUAUGGCGAAUCGACAACCUCAUGUUUGAGCCGCAGACAACAUCGGAGAAUCUCAAGCAGGCGCCUCGGUUUACGUUCCCUUGGGCAACUCUCCCUAGCAAUGAACACCUAGAUCUUCCAGCUGCGCUUCCCCCCCUGAACAGUGUCUCCAAGCCUCGCUCUCACCUUAAAGCAAACCGCAAAGAUAAGUGGAUAUGCGAAUGCAACUUUGAGGCCGACAAGAACUACAAGAUGUCUCGCCAUAAGAAGUACAGCUGCCCACUUGGCCCCAAGCAAGUGCCCCAGUGCCCCACAUGUCAUCGCAGGAGAUCUACUGUUCAGAGCCCAAUUCAGGAGGUCACUUGUUCGAUGGCGUCGAUGUCCGUCGCCGCUGAAGGCACACUCUAUGAAAAGGCCGAGAUUGUCUACAACACACCGCGCAUGUGGAACACGUUUACUAUCUCGUUUAUGAAACUAGCAUGGGGACAGACGAUGCUAGCACGCAGCAACUUCGUGCGAGACACCACUAUCUACGUUAUUGGCGUUCCUCCCAGGCUCUCAUGGGUGUCCCUCCUAUCAGCUCACCCGGACAAUGCCUGCCUUUUUCAGUAUAUCCAAUACCCUCCUUCGUCGCGCGUACAAUAUCAUUGCACCCGAAUUCAUUCAGCCCCUGUUCUAGUCACUGCGAAGAUAGACAAGGUGGCUUUCAUCAACUCCGGCUCUGCGCAUUUCCAUGUACAAGGAUUCGUUGGGGAAAUCACGUCGUUCGACAUCGAGAUUGGCGUUUCAACUUUCAAUCCGGGACGUGCUCGAGGCAUUCCGAUUGCAUGCAGCGCUCCCAUCGUCAAACCCCAGACACUCGUGCUCGGCGGUUCCUUUGCAGGCAUCGAGAGGACGGAUUGGUCGAACUUGUUCACGCACUUUCAGCAUACUUCACGAAACGGACACCCAAAUCUCCUUCCCGAAGUUGGAAAGUAUCCUCUUGCGGGGUUGUUAUCUGAUGGUCCCCACGCCGAUUUUUCUCUGGCUGGGUCGGUGCUAGAAUUCUUUUACGACCGUAACGAGUUCGGAAACCCUGUCGAAACACUGGAGAUCCAGGAUUGUCGUAUUAUUGGUUACACCGUCCCGGAAUUGUCGGACGUGGUCCAUACGAAGUGGGAUCGCAAAAGCUUGCCAAGAGACGAAUACAUCGCUCGCUACGGCUAUGGGCUGGACGACUUCGAUCCGGGGGAGAUGUUCAGGUGGUGA